AUGUCAGAUACUACGGAAAGAUGUAUUUUUGAAGCGGAAUGGUUUGAUAAUACCGCUGGAUUACUUAAAAAAUUUUAUUUGUACUUUUUUCCUGGUGAUAAUACUAUUGAAUUGUUUGACAUAAAAAAUAAGAAAACUUUUCUUCGGAGGACAAAAUGCCAAGGCGUAAGUUUCAAAAAUUUAUUCAUCGGCUCAGUUGUCACGAUAUUUUCUCGACCGAUGAAGAUAAUUGAUAUUGCGGAUGAAGCAACUAGAAGCCGAUUGAGUAAAACAAUGCAAAAGACAUUUGGUUUACUAAGACCUGAACUUCUGAAUAAUCUGGGAGAAAUAUUGAGACUAAUAACCGCUCAUGAUCUUCACAUCGCAAACAUUAAAAUGUGUAGAUUGGAAGAGUGCGACGUUGAAAAAAUCAAUAAAAACCCACGCAUGAAAUGUUAUUUAGCUUCAAAACCAGUCGUAAUAUUAAUGUUAAUAGGUGACAAUGCCAUAAACCGCUGGAACGAAUUAAUUUGUUUGAGUGAUAACACUUCGGGAAAGCCAGUGUCAUUGCGUGAGCGUUUUGCUAAAGACUCCAAGGAUGAUUUGUUUUAUGGGUCACCGAAUAUUGAUGUUGCUGAACAGGAACUUAAUUAUUUCUUCCCAAAUUCAAAACUAAAAAAACACAAAUUUCAAAACACGGCGACCACUAAAAAUUGUACUUGUUGUAUAAUAAAACCUCAUGCGAUACAACAAGAUUUAAUCGGAAACAUUAUAGAAGAUAUUCAAAAAUCCGGUUACACAAUAUCCGCGCUCCAGCAAUUCAAUAUUGAUUCGAUAAUCGCUGAAGAGUUCCUCGAAGUGUACAAAGGCGUGCUGGCAGACCACGGGGCUAUGGUGGCGGAGUUCCAGUCCGGGCCUUGCGUGGCCAUGGAAAUAACUCACAAGGAUCCCAAGAUAAAUGUUCCAGUGGAGUUUAGAAAAUUUUGUGGUCCAAUGGAUCCGGAAAUUGGGAAACAAGUGAGGCCAAAUACUCUGAGAGCCAAGUACGGGAAAACUAAAAUUCAAAAUGCUGUUCAUUGCUCGGAUUUACCAGAAGAUGGUUUGCUUGAGGUAGAGUAUUUCUUCCGUAUCCUGGAUGGUUAG